CUUUACGUCUGUAGAAUAACUGAUUAAUCCCUGCUUCGUCCCGAUAACAUUAAUCAUUUCAGGUUGGGGAUCUUCCACCUAUCCGCCAUAUUUUCCAUGAUCAUUUUAAACUAACGCGCGGAAACUGGUAACAACACUUCCUUACACCAUAGGGCACCGAUAGGGCAUGAAUUAUUACCUCUUAUUUUUUACCGUAUUCUCAGAAAUUAGAAACUGUUUGUCUUUAUAUCAGUCUUGUGGAUUCAAUAUGUGUAAGGAUUGAGUUUUAGAUUUAUUUUCCCUUCAAAAAAAAUGUUAUUUGUCUCCCCUGAAUUGCGCUUUAAGAGUAAUAAUUUUUUCGUCAUGUAAGCCUAUUGUAUGUUUCUCCAUUAAUACUAAGCCUCGUGGACGAAGUAAAAAAGGAACACCGUCACAUCUCCAAGUGAGUCAAUCUUUUCAUUCCUGAGGUUUAGAUACGUAGAACGGUAUAAAUAAGCUGGAAUGGCUGAUGAUUUUAAAGUUAGAACGUACAAUUUAGCUCAAUAGGAAAAAGAUCAAUGUUUAAAUUUUGCACGAGUGUUCCUCUGCAUGCUGAUAAGAGCACAAAGAGAUCAUGUCUCUCUCUGAGUACUGUACGCAUCUGCAGAAUUACUUAGGGAGAUUUUGUUUAAGAAUCUCUUAAGAAAUACCAAUUGUUGGGUCCUUAGUAAUUCAGUGACUCUGAACCACAAAUAUUCCAACUCUUAUAGUACCCAUGUCAUACAUGACAAUUAUAAAUAUUUGAAAAAAUCUUUACAAUAAUUUAUGCCAGUUUCUGUUCAUUCCAUGCCAUUUAACUUUGCUCUUUAUUUUUUCCAGGAUUGUAGGACUAGAAAAUUUUGGAAUAUCCACUGCAUAUAAGAUCUGGAUCUAUGUCCACUGAAAAUGGCAAAUACGUAGCUGAUGAUAAUGGUCGCUUAGACAAACGUAAAGCUGUGAAGGGAUUUGCAGAGUUCUGCUGCUCCCCUGUCCAAAAUAAAGAUACAUGGCAGGAAUCUGCAGAAGACUACAAAGUCAGAAACACCAAACUUGAAUACACUUACCCUGUAAGAAAUAGUAACACAAAUUAAUUUUUGGUUGGUCCAUGAUAAAGAAAAAUUAAUUACUGCAAAUAAGAAUUUCACAAAAGCAAACUCUGCAAAAACUACUACCUAACCCUCAGUUUCUGUGAAUGAAAUACUGUACUCUGCUUGAGAAUUUAGUAACAAUUUAUAUUUUUUUCAGAUAGCAUUCUUCUGACAAAUAAAUUUGCCAUGUCAAUCUCUUAUCAAAUAUUUCUUCUGGCAGUUAAAACUACUUGUGCCAGGUUGUGCAUCUUCUAUACCAAGCAGUCAGUGGCUAUAUGUAAUCACAUUUGGCGGUGGGCUUGUGGAGGGAGACAAUGUGUCCCUUGAUGUCAAGGUUGGGGAGCACUGUACAGUGGUUGUGACCACUCAGGCUUCGACAAAGGUGAGCAAGGUUGUUAUUUUACCCUUUAACUCUCAAGAUCCAAUUGUCAGUUCUACCCUCUAGCCACUAAACAUUUCCCUGUAAGUUGCUUGCAAGAUUUGGCAAUAACUUGUACCUGAUGAGUUUAAGUAUUCUCACUUCCUAUUUGCUGUAUAAUGUAUAGAUACUUUAAGGGGAAGUUACAUGGUAAUCACCUCUGGUAGUUAAAGUGUUAAAGAAGCCAGUAGUUGGCCAAAACCUGACGAUUGUCAUGCCAUUUUGCACUACUUUGCAAAUUGUGAUCAAAGACAGAAAAUAAGUAUUUUUUAACUGAUUCUAAGCAUCAAUGUCUAGCUAAAGAAGUUAACCAAGUAUGGCCUAGAAUGGACCAUAUUUCAAGUCUCAGAGAAUUUUUUAUUUCAAAAUUUACUUGGGGAGCUUGCCCUCCUGACCCCCUUGAUAAGGGUAUGUUGAAUUGAAUUCUGCUAUUCCAGCAGAAUUCAGUUCAGCAGCCUACUCAGUUCAGAGUGCUCAUCUAUUACAUUUUCCAGUGAUGGUCAGUAGCCUAGUCUUUUACUGAAAGACCUCAACACUCCAGACUUUCUUGAAGGGAAGGUGCAAAUGUUUGAUGAGCUUGAUUACUUGUCCUCACCUAUGCUCACUUUAAUACCCAGGGUCCAGUUGUUCAAAGGCCAAUUAACCCCAACCCAGGGUUAACUUUCAGUUCAGGUUUCUUUAUUCCUUUGUUCAAAGGCCUUUCUCUACUAUUUAUAACUCAUCCAGUCAUAAAAUUGCUGGCAAAAAGAAUUCUACUGAAUUUUCUUAUAAAGCUUUCAGAUCUGAAAUCAGAUUUCACACUAACCCUGGGUUAUCUUAACCUAUCUUUGAACCUGCCCAGGUUUAUCACUCAGAAGAGGGCUUAGUUACACAACAAGGCUUGAAAGGUUUGGUUGCUGAUGGAGGGUUGCUUGCAGUUCUUCCUGAUCCUGUGGUCUGCUUCAAAAAUGCCAUCUACAGCCAGAAACAGGCAAGUUUUAGAUCAGUAAAAAAAAAAUUGCUUGUUUUGAACCCAACGAUAACCUCCUUGUAGAUGCUCUGGUAUAUCUGAAGCACCUUUAACUGUAUGAACACAUUUCCAUUAAUAUAUCAAUGCUGCUUUUAAAAUUUUUUUUCUUUGUUUACUACUGGUAAGGACAGAAAGUCAACGAGUUGGUUGCAUGUUGUUUGAAUCUCGAACAUCAUUGAUGAAUGAUCAUUAUGUUGUAGGAUUUUGAGCUCACUUCAAAUGGCAGUGUAAUCAUCCUUGACUGGUUUACAGCUGGGCGUGUGGCACUUGGAGAAGUCUGGGAUAUGACUAGGUAAUUACUCAUUAUUUUAUAAAUUGUAAGUAGGAGCAGGAAUGGCACAGUGGUGAUUGAGGCAUUUACCUCCCUACUGCUGUGGCCUGGAUUUGAUUCCUAGACCUGGGACCACAUGAAGGUUGAGUUUGUCAUUGCUUUUUGUCCUUGCUCGGAGGGCUCAUCUCCAGGUCCUUCAGCUUUUCUCUCUCCAAAGAAAACCUCAUUCCAAAUUCCAAUUUGACCUGGAAACAGUGGACAAGAAAAGCCACCUAUUGGAAAUGUCCACUUCUAAAUUCCCACUCCCAUUAAGUAGUAGUAUAAUCACACAUGUAAGGAUAUUUUUUAUUUACACAAUUUAAUCUCAAACUUAUUGUUACAUAUUUUCUGUCUGAACAUAUAGUUACAAAAGUCACAACAGAGUCUUUGUGGAUGGAAAGCAAGUGUAUGGAGAUUCAAUCUUUCUUAGCAAUGAGAACAGCUUUCUUUCACUAAAAGAAUCCAUGUGUGGUGUGAUGGUAACUAAAAGACACUUGAUAUUUUUAAUAACCUUCAGUUGUUAUUUGAAUAAAAAUUCUUGAAUUAGCAUCACCUUACGGUUUUGUUUGUCUUUCAGGUUUUGGGAACCUGUGUUUUUAUUGGUCCAUAUUUUAAAGAAAUCAAGAAAAAAAUUAAGGAGAGAGUCUCUGUUCUCACAAGUAAGACACAUUCUUGUCUCCACAAUCAAAUAACAUAUGAAAUUAUAAGAUACAGUCAGACUGAUUGUGUUUUUGAUUGCCAAAGAGUAAACUGACCUGGCCUAAUGUUCUACUUUGGAUGCACCAUCAUAAAUAGGUGGCUUUCCUUGGACACCAUAAAGGCUUGGUUCUCUUUCUUCCAUCCCUUAGCAACCUCUUUAACCCUCUCACUGCCAAGAUUGCAUUAGAAAUUCUCCUUACUGUCUGCCAUACAAUUCUCAUGAUGUUGGUUUGGAGAAUUAAUUUUGAUAUUUGAUCAACUAACAAUCCCCAUAUUGAUAUUUAUCCUUACUCUCAUCACUUGUCUGGUUGAUAUUGUAUUGAUAUUGUAAGGAGAAAUUCUCGCUUGGUCAAUCAUGGGAGUGAAUAGGGUUAACUAUUAAAAAGCUGCACUAAAGUCAUUUGUGACUCAAACAAUUUUUUUGUGCAUUAACCAGAGCAGGAAGUGUUUAUGAACUGAACACAGUAGGUUUGAGUGCAUGAGAGGGCUUAACCAAAUUGUUGUCAAACAGGUGGCAUCCUUUGAUAAAUUCUUAUUUCAUUUGGAGACAAUUUUCAAAUGGAUAGGUUUCUCUCUGAAAUCUUGAAACAAAGCAGAGGUAAAUGUAUAUAUAUUGUCUAGACGGUCAAGAUAAAUGAAUUAUGGUUUUUGAAACCUACACUCCAGCACCAAUUUCUGAAAGAAAGAGUAAAUGUUAACUUUUAUUGAACAAAUUCGUUUGACUCAAUCAACAGAAUGUAAUGAUAUGAGUGUCGUCAAGAAAGAUUUGAUGGCCUAUGCUAGUGUUUUGGAUCCUUCACUGUGUGAUGGCAUUGUUGUCAAACUCAUAACCACACAAAGUACAGAAGAGGUAAGUGAUGUGAUAUUUUCAGUAAUUUUCCUCUUUCGGGUGUUGUAUGUUGUAAUUAAAGUAACAAAUACUCUCUGCAAAAAACUUUAGUAACAUGCUGCAUAUUUUCCAUGCUUGGGAAUUAAGUGCAUAAUUUAGUGUGCAUAGUUUCAUGUCAUUUCAUGUUUUUUCAUUUAUAUUGCUUACUAGUUCAUUUUGUCUUGCUCACUUGCAUACUUGUCAUGUAGUAACACUAUGACACUCUUCAGUUUUUAUAUGAAAACAUUGUCUCUACUCUACAAGAGGGAUUAUGCAAAGAUGUGCAUAACAGAGGUUGACCUUGCUGUCUCCUAUCUCUGUCAUUUUGAGUCAGUGAUACAGUUAUUUAUAGCCUCUGUCAUUUUUUCUCUGAGAGGUAUAGGCCUAAAACAUGUCAUCUCUUUUUUGUUCUUCAGGCCUACAAUUUCUUUAGAAUGAUUAUUCAAGAUAUUGUACCAAGACUUGGAGGAGACCCACUCGUGAAAUGAAAAUAUUGUCCAUUAGCAAACAAUGUUCUUAUUAUUUAGUACACAAAAAUGAUAAAUGAACAGUUAAGAAGUUUGUAAUUAAAGCAGGAAAUCAAAACAUGCCUGCCACAAAGUUUUUCUUGGACAAAUCAAGUUGUACAAUCUGAGGAACUCCUUGUUUUAAUGUUUUCAUAAUGAUAAUUAUCAUAAACAUAAAUAUUUUUAGUAAGAUGGAAUUAAAUAAUUUAUAUUGACUACUGUAUUUCAAAGUUGCUGACCUCAGGUCUCAACAAGAAACCAUCACACUUAACCAUUCAGCC